CAGCCUUCAGAGCCGCCACACUUCCACCAAACAGCACAAUUACUCCGUGAAACAGGACACCACCUACUACACCUGUUCAAGGAAUCAUGGCAAAGCGUGUUGCAGUUAUUCUCUCAGGCUGUGGAGUCUAUGACGGCACAGAGAUCCACGAGGCCUCGGCUGUCCUUGUCCAUCUGAGUCGUGCUGGAGCAAAAGUGCAGAUGUUUGCUCCAAAUGCAGAUCAGAUGCAUGUUGUAAAUCACUGUGAGGGGAAACCUACUGAGGAGAAGAGAAACAUCCUGCAGGAAAGUGCCCGCAUCGCCAGGGGUGAUGUGACUGAUCUGGCUAAGUUAGACGUCUUAGCGUUUGAUGCUGCCAUCAUCCCAGGAGGAUUUGGUGUGGCUAAGAACCUGAGUGACUGGGCUGUGAAUAAUAAGGACUGCACCAUCCAGCCACAUCUAGAGAAGCUCAUCAAGGCUUUUCACAAAGCUGGAAAGCCUCUGGGCAUGUGCUGCAUUUCUCCCAUCCUGGCUGCUAAGAUCCUGCCUGGCUGUGAGGUCACCGUGGGGCAAGACAAAGAGUGUGACAAGUGGCCGUAUGCUCAAACAGCAGGAGCUGUGAAGGAGAUGGGAUGCAAACAUGUGAACAAAGGUGUGGAGGAAGCUCAUGUUGAUGUCAAGAAUAAGCUGGUCACCACCUGCGCCUUCAUGUGCAACGCUCCCUUUCACCAAGUUUUUGAUGGCAUUGGUGUCAUGGUUAAAGAGACACUGAAACUGGCUUAACAAGAGUGUUACUGUUAUUGUUUGUAUUUAUAUUCCAUGAAAAAAAAUUUUUUUUCCCACAAAAAUUUAGUUAAUUAUCAACAUGCAGUUUUUGUUGGAUUGGAAAAUAGAUGUUACUCUAACAAUUCUGUCAAAGUUUUAAAAUUUUCAAUAAAAACUAAAAUCUUUUGUCACCACAAUCUUUGCAGAAAAAAUUAUUUAUUUUUUUUCCCCCUCUGAUGGCAGUUCAUGAUUUGCACUACAAAUAAAAUAGUUUUAAGGCUGCAAUAAAUGCUCAGUUUAGUUACUUUGUAAAAAUUUCCAUAUAAAUGCAGUUGUACCAGAAACAUUUCUGUCUAACUGCAAUAUUACAGUUAUAAUUCUAAUUUGUUAGUGUGAGCUAUACAGGUGUUUUUGUCUUCAUUUGGUUUAAACCAGAAGCUAAAGCAA